GCCUCCCUGGGAGCGCUGCGACGAGUGGACGACUACGUUUACGGGGUCUCCCGGCGGCCCAGAUGGCUUACAGAAGAGAUGAAAUGUGGUCUGAGGGACGAUAUGACUAUGAAAGACCUCCAAGAGAAAGAGUACCUCCUCGAAGUCACCCCAGUGAUGAAUCUGGCUAUCGGUGGACAAGAGAUGAUCAUUCUGCAAGCCGACAGCCUGAAUACAGGGACAUGAGAGAUGGCUUUAGAAGAAAAAGUUUCUACUCUUCCCAUUAUGUGAGAGACCGGUCUCCUCAUAAAAGAGACACUUCUUUUUUCAGAGAAUCACCUGUAGGCCGAAAGGAUUCUCCACACAGCAGAUCUGGCUCCAGUGUCAGCAGUAGAAGUUACUCCCCAGAAAGAAGCAAAACUUACCCUUUCCAUCAGUCUCAACAUAGAAGUAAAGAAAGACCUGUUCAGUCUUUGAAAACAUCAAGAGACACUUCACCCUCAAGUUCUUCAGCAGUUCCUUCAUCAAAGGUGUUAGAUAAACCCAGUCGGCUAACGGAAAAGGAACUUGCUGAGGCUGCAAGCAAGUGGGCUGCUGAAAAGCUAGAGAAGGCAGAUGAAAGUAACUUACCUGAAAUUUCUGAGUAUGAGGGGGGAUCCACGGCACCAUUGUUCAUUGACCAGCCAGAAGAACCUGAGACAAAUGCAACAGAUGGCAUAGAAUUAUUCGAAGACAGUCAGCUAACCAGUCGCUCUAAAGCAAUAGCCUCAAAAACCAAAGAGAUUGAACAGGUUUACCGACAAGACUGUGAAACUUUUGGGAUGGUUGUGAAAAUGCUGAUUGAAAAAGAUCCUUCAUUAGAAAAGUCUAUACAGUUUGCAUUGAGACAGAAUUUACAUGAAAUAGGUGAGCGGUGUGUUGAAGAACUCAAGCAUUUUAUUGCAGAGUAUGAUACCUCUAGUCAAGAUUUUGGAGAGCCUUUUUAGAUUACUUGCUCAGGCAAAAAAAAAGUUUCUAGGUUUUCCCCCCCUGGAUUGUGUAAAUCCUUAAUAUAUGGAAUUUUUGUGAUGAAGAGAAAUACUUUAUGAUAGUAACAUUUCCAAUAUCAAAUAAACAUCUAAAAUAGUCUAAGAUAUUUUAAUUAGAAUUUUUUUUAUCUACAUGUAGAGCUUCCUAAUCCAUACUUAUCUUUUUUUUCCCUCCUAAAGUGAUGGGUCAGUUAAUUUUUCAAGCUUUCUUGAAAAUGCAGUCCUAGAGAGCAGCUUUCUGCACUUACUCAUGUCCUGUAGUCUUCCUUAGUUAUGCGAUCAUUUGUUUGGUCACACUAGUGUAAUGUAUAGGUUAGAGAUCAUUCCACUUAAACAUUUAUAGUCUUUUUGCAUUUCAUAGUCAGUGACACCAUGUGAAGAUGUUAGAAUCCUGAGGUGAUUUUAUUGACUUGUUGCUUGCUUAUCUUAGGCUUUGUAACUUUUAAUAUGUUUAAGUAUAUUACCCAAGUAAACUGAAUACUUUGUUAUCUUAGAGAAUAUUUGCUUUGAGGAUAAUUCUCAUUGUGAUAAAACAGAGCACUUAAAUCUCUAAAAGUCACCCCAUAAUAAAAUCCUGUUUUCCAAGUAAA